AUGAGUGAGGGAUACAAACAGAAAGCAAUCACACUGACUCUCCUGCUGAUUUGUAUACUCACUCUCUGGGAAACUCCCGUACUGACCCUUGCUCAUAAAGUGCAUCAUGUCAGAGCGGGCACCUGUGAAGUUGUAGCUUUACAUCGGUGCUGCAACAAGAACAAAAUCGAGGAACGCUCUCAGACAGUCAAAUGUUCCUGCUUCCCAGGGCAAGUGGCUGGAACCACCAGAGCAGCCCCCUCCUGUGUGGAUGCCACUAUAGUGGAGCAGAAGUGGUGGUGUCAGAUGCACCCAUGUCUGGAUGGAGAGGAGUGUAAAGUCCUGCCAGAUCUCAAAGGCUGGAGCUGCGCCACAGGCAACAAGAUCAAGACCACAAAGAGAAUUUCACCCCCCUCUCUCCCCUAUGAGUGCACCUGCACACCAAAUCGCUUUUCACAGGGUGGCAGCAAGAAGCCGGAAAGUUCUCCCUGCUUCUCUGAUUUCACUGGUGCUUUCUAA